AGAGAUACUGACUGAGGCUUUGUGGAACUGAGGAAAUUGCACCGUUUAAAUCGAAUAGGCUAAAAUAUCUGCCACAACAAGCUCAGCUCGAAAAGAACUGAAAAUGGUAGGAAUCAAAGCACGACAUUUGACCCACAUUUAACUAACGCAGUAAAACGAACACAAGUACUGCGAUUCUGAAUCAGUUCAGUGAGACAGUCAGUGCUGUAUUCCUGUUGGUGAUUGGCUCGUUAGUUUGGUAGAUGAUUCGUGAUUGGCUCGAGUCGUCAAGUGAUUGACAGCCGCCCCCCAUUUGUCCCGCCCAAGUCUGAGAAGUGAAAGUAAAAAGUUCAUCUAACGGGAUGAUGUUCGUCCCGGAUCUGAAGAUGAGCUUAAUUAUUUGUCUUUUUGUGUUAGGAGUUCUGUUCAUCUGUGACGGGCUCCAUGUGCUAGGUCCCUCUGAUCCUCUGAUUGUGGAGCUGGGGGGCUCAGUGAUGCUGCCCUGUUAUGUUGAAACCCCCAUACCACUGGAAAAGCUGGAAGUGGAGUGGAAGAGAACAGACUCUGAAACCUUAGUGCAUUUGUUUCAAGAUGGAGAAAGUCAACCAGAGACUCAGGACCAGGCUUACAGUGGACGAGCCAGUUUCUUUACUGAGGAGGUUGAGUGUGGAAACUUCUCUCUCCUCCUCACAAAUCUGACCACUAAAGAUGCAGGAGUUUACAACUGUUUUGUUUACAGUCAACAGGAAACUGGUAAAACAUCUGUUGAAAUAAAGACGAUUGAGCGUUUGAUUGUGACUGGAGGUCAUGUUGUGUCUGCGUAUGUGGGUGAGGAUAUCACUAUGAAUUGUUCUGUGGACUCCAGUGUCCCACCUGAAAAGCUUGAAGAGGUCUCAUGGAAGAAAGUGGAUCAGCAGAUACAAGUGCUGAUCUUCCAAAACGGUGUGGUCCAGACUGAAUCAACCCAUGAGAGAUACACUGACAGAGUUGAGUUCUUCAGCCCUGAAAUCCAGAAAGGAAAUUUCUCAUUUAGACUAAAGGAUCUCCGAACUGAGGACAAAGGCCUGUAUAUAUGUGAAGCAUUCUUUGGGGAGUUUGCUGCUAACACAACUGUGGAAGUACAGGAGCUGGACAUGGGCUAG